UUUUCAUAAAGCGUACACACCUAAAUAGUACUUGCUUAGUUAACUGACUGUCCGUAAUUUAUUUUAUUUCCUUAAUGAGUAAAGAUUGUUGCUCAGACUUUUGUAAUCGUCUUCACUGAGUUGAUUUUUUCAUUGUCUGUAUGUAAAGUGUGAGUAAGAAGACUGUAAGUAGGAUGGUUUGACAGUAUAUGUACUUUAGUCAUACACGUGAUAAAAGUGAAAAUCAUUAACCACGUACUAAGUCGUUUGCCUUACUUUUUGAAUCAAGGAAAACAUUAGACCUGGUUACUCAAACUGAUUCAUAGGAGAUGCGUGAACAAGAAGAAGGACACCUUAAAAAAUUCGAAGAGCUUAUUCCUUUACACAGAGUGAGACCAACCCUUCUUUUACCGUUAUGGAAUAUUGCUGGUUUUGCGUUGGGUGUGGGAAGUGCAUUGCUAGGUUCAAAAAGUGCUAUGGCCUGUACUGUUGCUGUUGAAUCUGUAAUUUCUGAACACUAUAACAAUCAGAUUCGUGAGCUUAUGGAAUCGUGUCCUGAGACUUAUCAAGAAUUACUACAGACUUUGAAGAAGUUCCGUGAUGAAGAAAUUGAACAUCAUGAUACAGGCCUUAAACAUGAUGCUGAACAAGUAAGCUGUUAUUUUGUUUAUUCCAGCACCAGCUGGAUAUCAGCUUAUUCCUUUGUAAAGUUAUUAUAG